GGUGGGGGGUUACGCUAGGAGAGCGCAUGGGCAGACAAACUACGUUCGUUUGUUGGGACGAGAGGGGUGGGUGGGCGCCAUCUUCCUCUGGGCUCGCAAAAGGCUCUACCUGAGCUACGAGGAGGAGUAUCCCAGCUCCCGGCCUGGUGUCUGACUUGGCAGCAGCGCCUCCAUGUGGUGGUGUGUGUGCGCUUCCCCGUGAUCUUGACAGUGAAGAGCCCGAAGGAUUUCAUAGGUCUGGCGACAGCAUCGGAUCCCACGUAGCACCUUCGGCCUGACGCAGAAGAAAGAAGCUCUGACCCCUGGGAGUGUGGACAAAGGCUGUGGGCUAUAGAAUGGAUGUCUUCGAAUGAUUCCUAUUUGACGGUGAUGGAUGCUGAGAGAAACUCUGUGCCGUGCGGAUUCGUCUUCAUUUUGGCUUUGGUUUUUUGUUUUAACCAUCUACGUUAUAAAAGGCAGAUCCUCAGUAAUUUUGGACUGGGAUGUCUACUUGGAUUUUGUACUUCCUUUUUGCAAAAGGAUAAUGAAUUUCCUCUUGGAACGAAGAAGACUAUUUUGUAAUGUCCAUAAUUGUGGAUCUUAAGUUGCUUCAUUUUUGAUAGUUAAGUUGCUUUUACAGAAUUAACAGGUCUCCAAGAAAUAAAAAGAAAAGGUCAUUAUUGCUGUGGUUUGAGCUCAGCAUGGCUGUAGUCAUCCGUUUACUGGGGCUUCCUUUUAUUGCGGGGCCUGUGGAUAUUCGUCACUUCUUCACGGGAUUGACUAUUCCUGAUGGAGGAGUGCAUAUAAUUGGAGGGGAUAUUGGGGAGGCUUUUAUUAUUUUUGCAACAGAUGAAGAUGCAAGACGUGCCAUAAGUCGCUCAGGAGGGUUUAUCAAGGAUUCAUCUGUAGAGCUCUUUCUUAGUAGCAAGGCAGAAAUGCAGAAGACUAUAGAAAUGAAAAGAAUUGAUCGUAUAGGAAGAGGGCGACCCGGAUCUGGGGCAUCAGGGGUUGGCAGCCUAUCUAAUUAUAUUGAGGCCAUGAAAGAAGAUGAAAAUAAUUCUGGAUAUGGCUCUUCAGUUAACCAAGAUGCUGGGUUUCAUACUAAUGGUACAGGUCUUGAUGAUUUAAGGCCAAGAAAGACAAGGCCAUCGAAGGCCGAGAAUCCUUAUUUAUUUCUACGAGGUUUGCCUUACUUAGUAAAUGAAGAUGAUGUACGUGUCUUUUUUUCUGGUUUGUGUGUGGAUGGAGUAAUUUUCCUAAAACAUCAUGAUGGCCGAAAUAAUGGUGAUGCCAUAGUAAAAUUUGCUUCAUGUAUUGAUGCUUCAGGAGGUCUUAAAUGUCAUAGAAGUUUUAUGGGUUCAAGAUUUAUAGAAGUAAUGCAGGGCUCGGAACAACAGUGGAUUGAGUGUGGUGGAGAUGCGGUUAAAAAGGGUGAAAUUCCUAUGAGAGCUGAAGAACAUUCUCCUCCAAGAGGACUUAAUGAUAGACAUUUUCGUAAACGGACUCAUUCAAAAUCUCCCAGAAGAACACGUUCUCGUUCCCCUGUUGGAUUUUAUGUUCACUUAAAAAAUCUGUCCUUAAAUGUUAGCAAAAGAGAUUUAAGAAAUUUCUUUAGAGAUAUUGAUCUGACUAAUGAACAGAUUAGGUUCCUAUAUAAAGAUGAAAAAAGAACAAGAUAUGCCUUUGUGACUUUCAAGACUCUGAAAGACUAUAAUACUGCUCUGGGUUUCCAUAAGACUGUUUUACAACAUCGUCCAAUUCAUAUUGAUCCAGUUUCUAAAAAACAGAUGCUGAAGUUCAUUGAAUGUUAUGAAAAGAAGAGACCGGGGGGGUCAAUAGACAAAGAGAGAUCUGGACAUGUUUCACAAAAAUACUCUCAAGAAGGAUACUCUGGCCAGAAGCUGUGCAUAUAUAUAAGAAAUUUUCCAUUUGAUGUUACAAAAGUUGAAGUGCAGAAAUUCUUUGCAGACUUUUCUCUUGCUGAGGAUGACAUUUACCUGCUUUAUGAUGACAAAGGAGUUGGUCUGGGAGAAGCAUUGGUGAAAUUUAAAUCUGAAGAACAGGCCAUGAAAGCUGAACGUUUAAACCGACGAAGAUUCUUAGGAACAGAGGUAUUAUUAAGACUUAUAUCUGAGGCACAGAUACAGGAAUUUGGUGUAAAUUUCCCCUUGAUGUCUACUGAGAAAAUGCAAGCCCGUUCACAGUCACGUGACAGAGAUGAUCAUUCCCAUUUAUUUGAUUCAAAAGACCUAUCAGUUUACUCAGUUGGGCCUUCUGAAAACCUUAGAUAUGAGCUAGAGGAUUUGAGGCAACAGGAUAACUUCAAGCAUCCCCAGGGAUAUUUCCGACAGCCUGAUAGACGCCCUCCAGAAGACUUCCGGCACUCUCCAGAGGACUUCAGGUUCUCUCCGGAGGACUUCAGGAGAUCCCCAGAGAUCUUUAGGCACCCUCGGGAGAAGCACUUCAGACGGCCUCCUGAAGAAGACUUCAGGCGCCCUCGGGAGGAUGACUGGAGACGGCCUCUUGAGGACUGGAGGUGGCCACUGGAGGAGGAUUUCAGGCAGCCCCCUGAGGAGGACUUUAGGAGGUCCCUUGAGGGAGAUUUCAGACGGCCACCAGAGGAGGAUUUCAGGCGUCCUUGGAAGGAGGACUUCAGGUGCCCUCCAGAUGAUGACUUCAGGCAUCCUAGGGAAGAAGACUUUAGGAAGCCCACCCAGGAGGAUUUCAGGCAUUCCCCUGAAGAUGAUUUCAGGCGGUCACCCAUGGAGCAUAUAAGACGGCUGCCCCAGGAUCACUUCCGGCGACCACCAUCGGAGCACCUCAGAAGGCCGCCUCCAGAACAUUUCAGGCAGCCACCCCCAGAGCAUUUCAGACGGCCACCCCAGGAACACUUCCGGCGACCACCCCAGGAGCAUUUCCGGCGACCACCCCAGGAACAUUUCAGGCGUUCCCGAGAGGAUGAUUUCAGGCAUAUGCCUGAUGAAGACUUCAGGGGCCCUCCGGAUGAAGACUUCAGGGGCCCUCCGGAUGAAGACUUCAGGCACCUUCCUGAUGAGGACUUCAGGAGCCCCCAGGAAGAAGAUUUUAGAUGCCCUUCUGAUGAGGACUUCAGGCAGCUCCCUGAGGAAGACCUUAGGGAAGUUCCAGAGGAAGACCCUAGACUUCCUGAUUUCAGACCUGGUGAGGAUUCUAGGAAUCCACCUGAGGAUUUUAGAAGUCAUCGCCCUUUCGUGAAUUUUGGUCGCCCAGAAGGUGGCAAGUUUGAUUUUGGAAAGCGUAAUAUGGGAGGUUUUCCUGAGGGUAGAUUUAUGCCUGAUCCCAAAUUAAACUGUAGUUCAGGUAGAGUAACUCCUGUUAAGAUAAUGAAUCUUCCAUUUAAGGCAAAUGUAAAUGAAAUUUUAGACUUCUUCCAUGGUUACAGAAUCAUACCUGAUUCAGUUUCAAUACAGUAUAAUGAGCAAGGUUUACCUACAGGGGAAGCCAUUGUUGCUAUGAUCAACUAUAAUGAAGCUAUGGCUGCUAUUAAAGAUCUUAAUGAUAGGCCAGUUGGUCCGAGGAAGGUUAAGCUAAUUUUGCUUUAGAGAGCAUUUCUAAAUUCAGUUACCAUCCCACAGUAUUGAUGCAGUAAAAUGCAUUUUUAAAAGUGUUAUUUUUUAAACAUUUAUUUUGACCUGUGAAUAGAAAACUGUAAAUAGAGUGUGAAUUUGGUUUUCUUUUGCUUGCAGAUUGCCAUUCAUUUUUUUUUUUUUUUACCUAAUUUAAAAUUAUAUAUGUUGUAUUUUUCUUUGCUACGGUAGUGGGAGCUAAUUCUGAGUUCCUUAAUUUUUGUUCCUGUUAAGGGUAAACCUCAAAAACUUACAGAGUUGUAUAUGGGGAAGAUACAUUUUAUAUUCAUUUUUAUUUCUGUAGUCAAUGCUUUUUAUUCAAACUGUAUGAGAAAAUGGUCAGUGGCCGAUUGUUCAGGUUUGGCAUUUUCAUUGCUAUCUGCUUGCAGAAUUAAUGCCCUCUUGUCUGAGAUAUUACUGUGUUAAGAUCUGUUAAUUAUAAAUAGUCAUAAUGGGCAAACUGUGAACUUUGAAAUUUACUUAUGUAAAAAGCUUAGGAAAUUCUUAGUUUCCAUGUUCAUAACUUUGCAAAAUUUUAUAAAAAUAAAAAAUUGCAACUCAAUAGACUAAUUAACUUGUAUUUGUAUAAAAAGAAAAAUUGCAGCUGGGUAUUAAGUUUUUCAACAAUACAUUAAAUUUAUGAUGGGAGGGACUAUGCUGUCAUAAUGUGUAGUUGUAUGGAAUCUUCAACAUUUUAGUAACUAGAUUAACAAAAUUUUCAAAACAAUGCAAUUAUGGGUGAGGGGAGACAGGCUUAUGCUGGGAAGAAUGUGACAAAUGGAUAUAUAGUUUGUUUUUCUAGGAGGAGUUUACUGAUGAAUCUUAUAACUUGUAUUUUUAUUAUUAGGUUCUUAUGAGAUUUUAGCAUUGAAACUUAUUCAGAUAUGAAGUAUAAGACUUGUGAGGUUGAAUUUUUAUUUCAGUGAUAUUCAAUAUUUAAUAAUAUUCUGCAAAUACUGGAUUAGACUUUAUGCAGUCAUGUGAGUGGCUCACAUUUACUGAAAUGAGGCACUAUGUGCUAGGCAUUAUAAGUGCUUCAUAUGCAUGAUCUCAGUAUUUGCUAAGCAGUAAAGGACUUAUUCUAUUCUACAAGUGAGAUAAUGAAGUUAGAGAGGUGAAGCAACUUGCCUUCAGUCAGUUAUGGAGGAAAUUUCAACCCAACAGUCCACUGACUCCUGUUCAUGCUGUUAAUACUUCUGCUGCCUCACUUUAUUAAAAGUGUUUUCAAUUAAGACCGUGCUAAAAAUAUAUUCAAGGGUAAAUUAUAUUUUCUUACCUUUAUUCUCACUUUGAAUCUAUCACUUCAAAAAGAUAGGCUGCUCAAACAUUGUUAAAAGAAAAAGCGACUUUUUAUAUAGCCAACAUUUCUCUUGGGAUACAUUAGAUACUGGCCUCUAAUUCAGAGUUGUUCAUUUUAUCCAACAUUUGACUUUGGCUGUUUAUAUAGUUUGUAUAGAGCAUAUUUUUUUCCUCAAUUCUUUGAUCCAGAGAUUUCCCACAUUGAGUAAAUAAGAGUAAAGCUGAAUUUCUUUUUGAGAAUGGGGUCUUGCUAAAUUGCUUAGGCUGUACUCAAAUCUGUGAUCCUUCUGCCUCAGCCUCCCAGAGUACUGGGGUUAUAGGUUUGUACUACCAUGUCUAGCUUAAAAUUGAAUUUAUAUUUGGUAAUUCAGUCAUUUAGUAACAGGAGAUUGCUGAAGUAAAAUACUUUGUACUUAAUACCUGUAAAUAUCUUUUAGUGAUUUAAAGAAAUCUAAGAGAAGCCUACUUAAAUUUAUUUUAUUUUUUUAGUCAGUAUCCUGCUUAACUAGUAGGAGUAAAUUGGUAUAUUUGGUUCUAAAAAGCACCUCAGUAUGGCUCUUUAAAAUAGUAAACUUUUAAGUUGGAGAAUGAUAAGCUUUGGAAUAUAGUUGUUUCACAUUUACUUUAGGUAGGAAAAAUUAAAGAGGGUAGAGUAAGGGAGAAAUUGGUGCUGCACAGCAAGUUUGAGCAGAGUAAAAACUUAAAAAUAAAAUAGGAAAAA